AUGAGAUGGGGUAUGCAGUUUGAUACUCACCACUUUUCUCCAUCGAAUAUGGAAAGGUCUUUAAAGGCUAUCUUUGAUAAGGGUGUUGCUUUUGACAACAUUGUUAGAUUUAUUGACGGAACCAUGCAAACAUAUAUUCAUGCAUUAAAGUUUCAGGCAAUUGUAACACCAGAUGUCAUCACCUCCAGCUUGCUAGGUCCUUUCAUUGGCUCACGUCAUGACUAUUUUAUUUAUACCAUCUCAAAGAUUGAAGAUAGGUUGAAAGAAUACUUGGUCCCAACAUCAGACCCAGAGAAGUAUUGCGCAUUAUAUGGCGACCCUGUCUACAUGUGCUCUGUACAUCUAUACAGUCCAUACAUAGGAGGUGUGCUCAAUGAUCACAACAAGUUUUGUAAUAAGUCUAUGUCAAAAGUUCGUGUUGCAGUUGAGUAG